GGAGUCUGAGAGCAUAGCCGCACACGUCGUCUGCAGCAGUCUGCACCCAUCAAUAGCCCCAGCAUUAGCCCCAGCAUCACAGAAUGGCACUCAAGACGAGGCUCCCUUGGCUCUCCGCAGUCGUGCUCCUUUGGGCGGCACAUCUGUGCCACGCGCAGGGCACAAAGUACGGGCUGUGGACCCCAGAUCGGGCCCAUUCCGACGCCCAGCCUAUCCAGUGGACGGGCGGACAGUUCGAGUUCCCCUGCGCCAGCACCAAGUCGCUGUUCAAGAGCUCGGGGAAGUACGUCUCCAAGAAUGUGAUCGCGACACGGGCACAGCUCAUUGGGGACACCAUCUAUCUGGCGCUGCCCCGCUACCGGAAGGGUGUGCCCGCCACCCUGGUCAAGACGAGCGUGAAGCCGGGCACCUGCUCCACGACCUUCAAGCCGUAUCCCUGCUGGGAUCUCCAGGAGGAGGGCAACUGCAAGGCUCUCCAGUCCGUCGUGGAUCUAGUGGUGGAUCAGAACGAGGUGCUGUGGGUCCUCGACACGGGCAUUGUCAACACCCUCGAGACCCCCGUGCGAAAGUGCGCCCCCAAGGUGGUGGCCAUGUCCGUGAAGACGGGAAAGGUCCUCAAGACAGUCUCCCUGGAGGGCCUCACGUCGAGCAGUUCGCGACUGCAGUAUCUGGUGGUGGACUAUGCCCCGGAUGGGGGCUGCUUUGUGUACGUCAGUGAUGCCGCCAACCGUGCCAUCAUCGUGUACAAUCUGCAAGCGGAUCGCGGCUUCCGCGUGGUCCUCCCGAAGGCUGUCUCUGCCGGCUGUCGUUCGAGGGAUGUCCUCUACAUUGCUCUCAUCCGGAGGGACUGCGGCUCCACCGAGCUGUACUUCACCUACUUGAGCACCAGCAAGCUUUUCUCCCUCAAAUCCGAGUACCUUCGCAGUGGCGUUGCCGAUGGACGUAUCUUGGAUCUUGGCAAGAAACCCACUCGCAUGGUCAUCAUCGGCACCGACAAUGGCUCGGCCAUAUUCUUCCGCAAUGAAGGCGAUGCCGAGGUCUAUCGCUGGGACACAAACUCCACCUUCGCGGAGGCCAACUUUAAGCCCGUGUACAGGAGUCAAACGUGUCAGCUGGUGACCCAUGCGGUGCCCGACUACAAACGGAACACGAUGCGUGUUUUGCAGAGCAAUUUCCCCGACUAUAUGCAGAACCGUGUGGGCUGUGGUGCCAUACAGCAGUUGGGCCUCAUGCAGGGAUGUUGGUAGAGCGCCCAUGGACCAUAGAGCACUCAACACAGAUAUACCAGUACACACACACACACACACACAAAACAUCU